AUGUCUCACCUCCAGUACUUCGCCUACGAGAAGUUCGGAGUCCGCCAGCGGGAAGUCGCGGGCUACAGCCAGGCCGUGCGGGUGGGAGAUCGCAUCGAGGUCGCGGGACAAGGCGGCUGGGACCCCGACACGGGCGUCUUCGAAAAGGAGAUCAACGCCCAGAUCGACCUGGCCUUUUGCAACGUCGACCGAGCCUUGAGGGACGCCGGGGGCAAGGGCUGGGACCAGGUCUACCGAAUCAACUCGUAUCACCUCCCGCUGAACCGCGAGGCCGAGGAGGCCAUGGUGCGCAACUUCAAGAAGUGGAUGCCCAACCACCAGCCGUUGUGGACGUGCGUCGGCGUGGCGCGGCUUGCCGAGGACGACAUGAGGGUGGAAAUCGAGGUCUCUGCUCACGAUCCCGCAGGCGCUGCUGCGGCCCGGGGGCGAGCAACGGACCAGCAAGCGAGCCGGUAG